AUGACGACAAUCAAACUCAUCAAACCAGACCCCUCCUACACCGUCCCCCUCCUCAUCAACGGCCAGGAAGUAACAACAUCCACCACCUUCCCCGUCACCUCCCCCUCCUCACACACUCAAUUAUGGCUCUCUUCUUCCGCCUCCCCCUCAGACGUCACUUCCGCCGUCGCCGCCGCUAAAUCCGCCUUCCCAGCGUGGUCCAAACUCAAGCACUCUGCCAAACGCAACAUCUUUCUCAAAGCCGCAGAUGUGAUUGAGGCGCGCGCCGACGAAUUUGCAGACUACAUGAAGCUCGAGACGGGGGCGGGGGAUAUGUUUGCGAAUGGGUUCAAUGUGCCUAAGAUGGCGGAUAUGCUGAGGGAUGUGGCGGGGCGGCUGAGCGGGGUCAUGGGGCAUAUUCCGAGUUGUGAGGAGGAAGGGACUAGUGCGUUGAUUGUUAAGGAGCCGUUUGGCGUGGUGUUGGGGAUUGCGCCUUGGAAUGCACCAUACGUUCUUGGUAUGCGCUCUAUUCUCUACCCCCUCGCGGCGGGCAACACGUGUAUUCUCAAGGGAAGCGAGCUGUGCCCCCGCACAUGGUGGGCUAUCGGCAGUGCACUGAGUGAAGCUGGACUUCCUGCAGGCGCGCUGAAUGUGCUGUUCCAUCGACCAGAGGAUGCAGCGCAGAUUACUACUGCGUUGAUAGAGGAGCCGGCUAUUAAGAAGAUCAACUUUACCGGGUCUACGGCUGUUGGGCGGAUUAUUGCGUCAACAGCGGGUAAGAAUCUUAAGCCUGUGCUGCUGGAGCUGGGGGGCAAAGCUAGCGCUAUUGUGCUGGAUGAUGCGAAUCUGCAGACGGCAGCGGUGCAGUGUGCGCUGGGUGCUUUCUUGCAUGCAGGCCAGAUUUGCAUGAGUUCGGAGCGCAUCUUGGUGCACAAGGAUAUCAAGCCACAGUUCAUCGAGGCGUUCAAGGGUGCGGUAGAGGGGAUCUUUGGUGGCGAUAAGCCCGCGCCUGUUCUUAUCGCUGCACCGGGUGUUGAGAAGAACAAGAAGCUGAUUGCCGAUGCUGUCAAGAACGGAGCAAAAGUUGUACAGGGCGACUACGAAAAGGACGAGAAGCACCCAGAGACAAAAGAGACGUCAGCCACACGCAUGCGUCCUGUUAUUGUCGACGGCGUGAACAAGAACAUGGAGCUCUUCCAUACCGAGUCGUUUGGUCCCUCGGUGUCGGUCAUUGAGAUUUCAAGCGAUGAAGAGGCCAUUGAGAUUGCUAAUGAUACCGACUAUGGUCUUUCUGGAGCUGUCUUUACCGAGAAUCUUGGCCGAGGAUUGAGAAUUGCAAAGCAAAUCGAGAGCGGAGCUAUCCACAUCAACUCCAUGACUGUGCACGACGAGUGGACUCUGCCUCAUGGCGGUGCAAAGGCGAGUGGAUUCGGUCGCUUCAAUGGCCACUGGGGCAUCGAGGAGUUUUUGCGCCUCAAGACCAUUACCUACAAAGAGUAG